UCGUGCGGCAGCGCCGCCAUGCGGCCAGGAGUGACAGCUACAAGUACCCGAGAGCCCCCUACAUGUGGCUGGGACAGUUUUAAAGCCGUCGCCGCUGUUUGUGUGUUCUGUACGCGAUCAGGUUGAACGUGCAGCUCGGUGUUGUUGUAGCGGCUCGCAUGCUGGUUGUAGCGGAGAAGCGCCACCGCGGUGUAACACACGGGCUAGCUGGUUGGCUAAGCCUCUCGGCUAAGACUUACCUGAGACCAGCAGUGGUGGACGCACCGAGCCAAAAAUGCCUACAUGUCCCAAAAAUGGUGUGCAGGGUGUAGACGAUGUGUCGGAGGACGAGGAGAGCCAGCUCUGCCCUAUCUGCCUGAACCCCCCCAGGCCCGUUGAACGUGCUGUGCCUGACGCCUGCAACCAUGUCUACUGUCUGAGCUGCAUCCUGCGCUGGGCUCAGAUGCUGCAGAUCUGUCCGGUGGACCGCAGACCCUUUAGCUCAGUCUGUACGCAGAACCCGUUUCUGGGAUACAUCCAGAUUCCUGUAAAACCAACCACCGCAUCAAACACUUGUGUAUGCAACUCUAAAGACGACAAACCGCUGGAAAGUGUUUUAGUGAAGGGGAAAACCGAAAACGAUGGAAAGGAGGAGAAGAGCGCCAAAUGUAAAAUAUGUGAUAUUGAUUCCUCUGGAUUUAAAAAGGUUGAAGGGGAUACCUGCCGCUCCCAGCUGCUCACUCAGCACAGCGAACAUGGACUUCCUGGCCAGCAGGGGGAGACACUCGGCAUACUCACCCAAGUCAUUACGGAGACGGUGGUGAUUCCUGAGGAUGAGACUGUGAACGAGGAAUGGAGAGUAUGCAGGAGAAAUACAACAGAACGCCAGUGGCUGCCUGUUUCUUUACUCACUCCAUCUCCAUGUAUCCCACUCAGUUUGUCUAGACAGGGCCCCCACGGUCUUCUCCAACAGCCCAUUUUGCUUUCCUCUCCAUAUGUAUUGGGAUCUGGUUGCCAUGCUAUUCAGGGAAAGGUUUGUGCUGUGACAUGUCCCAAAGGUGAAGGGAGAAAAAGUAAAAGAGGCUCUGGAUCAAAGAGCUCCAUUAAACAGUCUGAGAAUCAUACGAUGUGCUCAUCCCGAAAAAGCAAAAGUGUGAAUGAGGAGACAUUACCCGAACAGUCUCCCCAGUCUGACUCCGGCUCCUCCUCUCCUGCUGACAGUGCUUCAAAUGAGGCGCCUGCUUCUACCAGCAAGAAAACACUUGCUAGCAAACGGAAGCCUACAGCAAAAAGGAAAGGCAGCAGGAAGAAGCCGACCACUCGAAAAUCAGUAGUUAAGAAAGAGGAAAGCGGUGAAGAGGACGAGCAGACCAGUCAAGAGGAACCUGAGGUAGAUAUAGAGGGGUCAAAGACAUUGGAGACGCCAGAGGACGCAGAAGAUGAUCAGAACUCCUGUCAAGGUUUAGAUUCUGUUGAUCAGGAUGCAGAGGAACAUGAAAGGAACAUUGAGUAUCAAGUGGAGACCACUGAAAAUAUUUCUUCUCUCAAUGUAAAAACAUGUGAUGAGGAUGAAGAGGAGGAAGAAGGGAAUCCAGUCGAGCCAAAGGAUAAUCAGCCAUCAUCCCAGGAGGAUUAUUCUGCACAGGACACAUCCGAAAGUGAAACACCAGAGUGUCUCAAAAACGAUUACCACCGGUCCUCUGAUGCAUCUGCUGAGCAGGUGAUUCUAGAAGAACCUAGCAAGACGCCUGACUCCUUAUUGAGUAACAAUGAUUUGACUACUGCAACCAUGAGCUCUUCAGAGGCAACUGAGCAUAAUCCAGCAUAUGAAGCUGAAGAAGAUCCGGAUGGUCAUGGAAAUGUAACGACUGAAGCAGGUCAACUUCCUGUCCCUGACAGCAUCUCCAAUCUUGAUUCAGCUGAUGACUGUUUACAAAUUCAAGACACUUCAGUAACUACAGAUAGAAAACUAGAGGUGUCUCUUGACAUCAGUAGUCAGCAGGACAACACUGAGUCUAUACCAAUGGACUGUGAUUCUCCUGCUUCAGAGAACACUUCCCUUGCUGCUGAGAUGGUGCUGGAGAUCAAUAGUGCAGUUGCUGAACCCCAGAUCAUAUCUGCUGGCCAAAUCCUUAUUCAGGACAGAGAGCCGAAGAUUGAGGCGCAGGAUAAGUGUGAGCCCGCCAAAGACCAGACCUCAUCUUCCGACAGAAAAGAUGGCCGGCAACGCAAGUCUCGAUUUCACUCACCCACAACCACCUGGUCUCCUAGAAGUGAGUCCAGAAACGAAGGAUCACGGAGGUCACGGUCCAGGGAUCGUAGUCGCAAUGCUGGUUCACCACGCAGAAGUCGAGGCCGUGACCACACAGAGGAACGGGGCAGCUUCAGACGGAAUUGCAGCAGAGAAAGACGGAGCAGGAGACGUUCUCGGAGCCGGUCUCGCUCCAGAUCUCGCUCCAGAUCACCCGCAAGAUCCCGAAACAGGCCAAAUCAGAGAGGCAUGUCUUCAGAACGUAGUGAUCGAAGGUCACAGUCACCACGGAAAAGAGACUCCUGGGGAGGGGAAGGCUGGAGAUCUGGUCGUCAAUUUUUCAACUCCAACAGGAGAAGCAAUCCAGAUAGACCAUUUCCAGCAAGGGAGUUUAACUCUUCGGGUAACGGCAGUCUCUAUCCUCCAGAGAUAUCGCUGGACAGGGGUCAGUCAGAAAACCCACCCUGGGUAAAGGAAAGGUCAUGGGCUAAUACUGAUGGCAAGGAACGAGAUCAGCAUUCUGAGGAGAAAACUGGCGAUGUGCCCACGGACAAUUGGUCUCGAGGGGACUGGGGCUCUGAGCAGGGACGUUCAGCUGGAUGGACCCGAGCCGGUCAGCGGUCCUAUGGCCAAUACGGUGACUCAGCAGAUAAUUGGCGGCAACAACGCAGCUCUUUCUCAGGGACAACAAACAACACAGGGAGUGACUCCUACAGUCAGUUCAAUGAGAACAGACCAGGAGGGAAAAGAAAAGAGGCCGAGACCUGCGAUACCCCUUUGGACCGGUCAGGAUGGUCUGCUGCUUCAAGCUGGGCAGUGCGACGAACCCUCCCUGCUGAUGUACAGAACUACUACUCGCGAAGAGAAAGAGGACCUGGGGCAGGUGGCAGCAUCUGGAACAAACAAGAGGAAGAGCAGCCUGCGGCUGAGGUCUCCAAACAACCUGAUUUCCCACAGAGUGAGCCAAACACCCAUAUACCCAAUGAAGCAAUACCUGCCCCUCCUAGUGUACUUCCUCAACCGAUGAAUGUACUUGGAGUGCUGCGCUACCCAGUGGGUUCUGUAGGACCUCGAGGCCCUACUGUGACCAUCCAGCCAGCGGCAUUCGCCAUUCCUACCCAGAUACCCGUCCACCUGCAUCCACCUGGCCCCCCGUUCCAGUUGCCUGCAAUGGCUAUACAGGGUCUUCCACCACCACCUCCACCACCUCCCCCUGUACAGCAGGGUGGCAUCACUGUCUUGUCCACUGACCCUCAGGUGAUUACAAGUGUGCCAGGAAAAGGUCCAGUGAAGGCGUCGCCAAACAAAGCAGCAGCUCAUCUCGCCAGCACACCCAGUGUAGCACAGCCAUCUUCCACCACACAGCCCUCAUCUCACAGUAAAGCCCAUGCUGACAGUUCCAAGAAGGAAAAGAAAUUACAGAUUCAGGAAAAAGCCAUCACAGAAGUGAAAGCAGCAAUCAAGCCAUAUUACCAAAAGAAGGAUAUCACCAAGGAGGAGUACAAAGAGAUUGUACGCAAAGCUGUAGAAAAGGUCUGCCACAGUAAGAGCGGGGAAGUCGAUGCCAAUAAAGUGGCCAAUCUGGUCAAAGCAUACGUCGACAAGUACAAACACGCUCGCAAAAACAAAACAGACAAGAACUGACGGAGACGCUGCUCUGCCGCCCGCACAAGUGCAAUUCCUCCACAGGAGCCCGUGUUCCAGCAGUCGUUACGACUGGAGCUUCUUUUUCAUAUGAGAACAGUAAUGAAGAUUUUUUUUUUUUUCUUUUUUCUAUAGAUUGCAUUUUUUUUUUUUGGAUUUCAUAUAGUGCAAACUGCCCUUUAAUUGCUUUCUCUAUUGUUCUGGUGGGACUUUAGUAAACAUUCGCUGAGGGAUGGACAUAAUCACAGAUCACACGUCACUGUUUUUACUUGCUGUAAGUGAUAAAUCAAAUGAUCAGUGGUACUUAUCCAUAUCCUGCUUGUCCUCCCUUCAUCUCUCUCUCUCUUGUUCUUUCAGUGAUGAGGACUUUAAUGAUGUAACAUUCAGAUUCUUCUUUACAUUUUCUACUUCGCAUCAUCUUAAUUCUCAAUAAAUGUCCAUUGUCAA